CAUGAACCGCUCUUCCCCUUCUACGUAUGAGCCACUCGCCCGGUGUGUGUUUGUGUGUGUCUCAGACGGAGAAUAGAAAAGUUGGGGGGCAAAAUCUGAGUCAGCGACAGCAGCUAGCAGACACUUAGAGCAACUCUCUCCACAGUGCUGGGUUUCUUCUCUCCCCCUCUUUUUUCCUUUUUUUUUUCCAACUGCUCUCACUCAUUUACUCUCUUUCACUCUCUCUCUCUCACACACACACACACACACACACUUGCACACACAUAUCAGCCAUCCCUCCUGGCAAAAAAGGAAGACAGGACCACAGGAGAACUGUUACACACCUUUUAUUCCAAAGCAGCUCACCCAGCCACCAGCAGACACUUUGCCCAGGAUGUGGACUCUUCUCUUAGGGGUCAUCUUUGGAUUACUGGCCUCCUCCAGGUCGGAACAACUUCAAGUAAAUUUCCGUGGCUGCAGCUUCGCCGGUGUAUUUCAUGUGGAAGGAGUGAGCCGUCACUCCUUGAGCUUCAGCCUCGCUCAGAAGGCGUGUGAGUGGCUGAACAGCGCUCUGGCAACCCCAGAACAACUGCAGGCCGCCUACAACGAGACAAUGGAAACAUGCAGAAAUGGCUGGAUCAGCGACAUGAGAGUCGCCAUCCUCAGACACAGUCCGCAUGAGAACUGUUCGAGGAACAUGACCGGGCUGAUCUUCAACUCUCAUGUCGAUGCAGCAGAUCAAUUUGAUGCUUACUGCUACGACGAAAAAGAGGGGCCGGGAAGAAACUGUGACAACUUAUUUUCAUUGAAUGGACUCUUCCCAUCUGACGAGUCCGAUGACAAUAACACUGAGCCAACAACUCCAAACCCUCAACCGGAGGGCGGCGCUGCCGAUGAGGGUCGACACCCCACUGCUGUCCCGGGGGAAGACGGCCACAUGGCGGAGCUGGAUCUGACCCCGGCUCCCACCACCGCCGCCAUGACGCAGCGUCCGGGGGAGCCCGAGGCCCCGUCUGAGGGCCCCACCACGAGAGGAAACCCGUUCACUGUGGGGCCGACCUUCACUGCAGCGGAGUUCGAUCAGACCGCUGGGUCCGGGAUGCUGCCGCCGCAGUCUGAGGAGGAGGAGGCCUCUCCCACGGCCUCCGGCGGAGCUCCAGAGGAAACACAGGCUCCUCCUGUAACUGAACCUCACCAUGAGAAAGGAGAGCCUGAGGGAGGCGACGCUCCCAAAGCAGAGGCUCCACAACAAAACCCGAACGACAAAGAACGAAUCGUGAGUCCUGAUGGGCCUCAGACUGGUCAGAAGGAGGCUUCCGACUCGUCAAACUGGCUGGUGGUUAUUGGAGUGAUUGUGGCCGUCGCCGCCAUUCUCCUCGUCUGCGCUGCCGUCGCCAAACGAAAAAGCUGGUGCGGCAGGCAACAGACCCUCAUGAUCACGUCUAAAGACGGCGGCGAGGGCAACGGCGCGGCGGCGUCCGCCUCCGGCUCCCGCAACCCGGACCGGGAGCAGGAGAUGGUGACCCUCAUGAACAAGGAGAAGAUCCAGGAGAACGGCAACACGGAGGAGUUCACCGUCAUCACGUUAGAGGAGUCGCCAGAUAAGGAGCAGCUGGCUUAAGGGAGGAGCGCCGAGAGGGGGGAGGAGUGGGUGACGGGGGGGAGGAGGAGGAGGAGGAGGAGGAGGAGAGGGAUGUUCAGACCAGAUGCUCCAAACACUGGUGUUAUGAAGCGCUUCUGCCAGCACUGAACGGACUCUGUGUGUUGUAUGUAUGUGUGUGUGUGUGUGUGUGUGUGUGUGUGCUAUUGAGAGGGGCGUGGCCUCUCCGUUACUGGAUCUGGAUCUGGAUCUGCUGCCUCUCAGUCAGACCGCGGGUUUGAAGCCGGCCGGUCGGCGGUCUGGCGGACGGCGUGAAGCUGUGUGUGGGAAUGUUUCCUCUGUCAGCCGUUGUGUUUGUGACAUUGCUUUAUUAUAGACGGGGCCGAAAUGGGGAAUAAUAAAUUAAUCUUGAUAUCUGAUUUUGUUUAACAUAAUAGACAAAAAAGAUAAGCAAACAGUUGUUGAUGUUUUCAAUAUAUUUAAUUUUUGUUUAAUUGGCUUAAUGUGUUUGCCAUGUGUAUAUUUCUGACAUUGCCCGAUGGAUCGAACCCUUUUUUUUUUCCUUCUUCUUCUUCUUCCCGUUAUCAAGAAAAGUGGGGAUGUCGCUUCCUUAAUUUAUGCAUCCUGGACUAAUUUCUUGGUCUGUGUAUAUAAAAACUAUCUGUGACUUAGCAUAGCUUCCAGUGCUUUGGUAGGAGGAGGAAUGUGUAACCAUCUUUCAUUAAAGGAAUGUGUCCAAGAGUUAUUUAAUUAGAGUCUGUACCUCAGAGGUACACGAUUGUGGAUGGAUUUUACAGUGUGCGGGGGGGAGGGGGAAGUGGGUACUGUCAGAACCAACCCACUGUACCGCAGCCAAAACUGUGCAUUUUAUGCAACGCUGACGUCAGUUCAUUUAAUAUAAAUUUAUAUUGAGUGCUUGAAAAUCAUAUUUGGAUGUUAUCCUGAGGAUAAGAAUAUUAAUAAUUAUUAUUAAGCAUACAUACUUCAUACACAGUGUGUAUAUCAAUCAUGAGGAGGAAAAACAGAACUGAGAAUUGGACUCGAUCUGAAGCACAUGAAUCACUUUUUUAGAGCAGGUUUACGCUCAGUUUUGGCUUGACUGUGGAUCCUAGAACAAACCGUGCAUAUGAUAAUGGGGGUGGGGGGGGGGGGGGUCGUAAACACAUGCAGUGUAGGAGGUUUCUGCAUAGGAACGAGACUGUGACAACAUUGUUGAUGUUCUCCUGAGGGAGGGGCCUGCGAUGAAUUCAGCUCGUGUGCUCGCUCAAGCCUUGUGUGCGUUCAGACAUGUAAACAAAAUGCUUUUUUUUUCUACUGACCUUCUCUUGGUAAAAAAAAAACAAAAAAAAAACACACACUUUGUCAUAUUAAUAAUAUAUUCUGUGUGACAGCUCGUUUUCUUUCUGCCUGCUGUUCAGUAUGAAGCUGAAUCACCUGCAAACAGACUCUUUAUUCAUUCAUUUCAAUGUUCCAAUUUGUUUUGAGGAAAGGUAGAAAACGUGGUUAGAGUAGGCAGGGUUUUUUUUUCCCUUUGGUCAAAUUAACAAAGUAUGUUGCUGAAAGAUUUGUAAAGUCAUGAAUGAAAUAAAUGUGUAUAGAAAUAGGA